CAAUGACCGAUGCAGUGACUCAAAAACUCCACACCAAAUAUCACAGUAGCCCGGACUACCAAACUAUCGCCAGACGUUGCAUUUUUUCGAAGCCCAAAAAUGAAGCAAGAUUCUGCACAGAAGUUUUCCCCCAACAGCGACUAUCGCCAAACUUUAAACCGUCUGAAGGCAGAAUUCGAGCGACGGUACAAUGACCAGAAACAGGUCCUCGAUGCAUCGCUUACGGAGUAUGAAAUUAUACGCACUCUUGGUUCCGGAGCGUUCGGGACGGUGAAACUUAUCAAACGAAAAUCAAGCGGAGACUACUAUGCCAUGAAGAUACUGUCCAAGGAACGGAUCAUCUACCAGAAGCAACUGCAGCACACGACCAAUGAGAAACGGAUCCUGCAGGCCAUUCGGUUCCCGUUCGUCGUGAAUCUGGAAACGUGCUACAAGGACAAUUCCUACAUCUAUCUCGUAAUGCCGUUUGUGAAUGGUGGCGAAAUGUUCACACUGCUCCGGCGGUCGCGCAGAUUUUCCGAACAGCAGGCAUCCUUCUACGGUGCACAGGUGGCACUCGCGCUGGAGUAUCUGCACGCCUGCAACCUUAUCUAUCGUGAUCUGAAACCGGAGAAUCUGCUUGUCGACUACCGUGGCUACGUGAAGGUAGCCGAUUUUGGAUUUUGCAAGGUAAUCAAAGAGAGAACCUGGACACUGUGUGGCACACCGGAAUAUCUCGCACCGGAAAUCAUUCAAGCGAAAGGGUACGGGAAAAGUGUCGACUGGUGGUCGUUUGGUGUCUUGUUGUACGAGAUGGGUGCCGGUUACUCUCCGUUCUACGUCAACAGUGCCGAUCAGAUGGCGUUGUUCGAGCGAAUCUGCAAAGGGAAGUACAAGUUCCCGAAGAACUUCUCGUCCGAUCUGUGCGAUCUGGUGCACCAUCUGCUGCAGACCGACCUGUCCAGGCGGUACGGUAAUCUGCGCAACGGGUGCGAGGACAUUAAACAGCACGCGUGGUUCAAGUCGACCAACUGGUGCGCCAUACUGAACCGCGAGCUAUCCGCUCCUUACGUACCGAAGCUGCAAGGGCCGGGUGACGCCUCCCUGUUCGAUGUGCACGAUGAGCAUCACCUGAAGAUAGCCUCAAAGUGCCUGUAUGCGAAAGAGUUUGCAGAUUUUUAAGCUUUAUUCUCG